AUGAGACUUAAAUGGACCAAUCAGGGGCAUCUCAGGACUGGUGUGUCCUCAGGUCUCCUCCUGGUCGUGGUGCUCCUGUUGACUCUGGAAGAGGUGCUGAGGGAGGAGGUGCAGGACAUCCUGCACCUCUGGCAGCAGUGGGCGGAGCGUUGUCUCCAUGACGACCUGUGCUGCUUACGUCCUGUGUGGCCUCAAAAUGAGAACCUUUCUGACCUGGCGGCCAUCUUGGAUCAGGCAUCGUCCUCCAGAACUGGAUCCAACCAGAACUGGUGUAGGUACAAGAUCGGCUCGGCCUGCCAGAACGGCUCGGGGCCUGCAACUGCCUGUGACCAAUGGCUGGCCGCGUCCGACCUGCAGCAGGAGGUGUACCGUCACUUGGCGGUGUAUGUACCCAGAAUCCUUUGCCUGGGUCCAAGUGGGGGCAGCAGCAGGGAGGAGCAGAGGGAGGAGCUGGCUUGUCAGCUGCUCCUCCUGGCUCCCCUGGAGUGGCUCCUGCUGGGGGAGGAGCCGGCCACCGGCCUUGCCCUCCUGCAGGAGAACAACCAGCCGUCACCGCUGUGUGGUCAUGUGUUCAAGGUGGGAGAGCCCACCUACUCCUGCAGGGAGUGUGCAGCCGACCCGACCUGUGUCCUGUGUAUGAAGUGUUUCCUGGGAAGUGUUCACAAAGAGCAUCGAUACAGGAUGACGACGUCAGGAGGUGGAGGUUUCUGUGACUGUGGAGAUGCUGAGGCCUGGAAGAAAGGUCCUUACUGCCAGAAACACACACCUACGUCCAACAACAGAGACACUGAGGAGGAUCCUGUAGCCCUGCUGCCUGCUGACAUGGUUAGUCGUGCUUUCAGCAUCUUCUCCAUCAUCCUGAAAUACGCUGUGGACAUGUUGACUUGGGAACAGGAGGACCAGCUGCCUGCAGGACUGGAGCCACCGGACAGAGGAGACACCUACUACUGCAUGUUGUUCAAUGAUGAAGUCCACACGUAUGAACAGGUGAUCUACACGCUGCAGAAAGCUGUCAACUGCAGCCAGAAAGAAGCCGUCAGCUUUGCCACAACCGUGGACAGAGACGGCAGGAAGUCGGUUCGAUACGGAGACUUUCAGUUCUGUGACCAGGCCAAGUCUGUGAUCGUGAGGAACACCAGUCGUCAGUCAAAGCCUCUCAGGGUUCAGGUGAUGCACUCGUCAGUUGUUGCUCAUCAGUGUUUUGCUCUGAAGGCUCUCAGCUGGUUGGGACAGAUCAUUCAAUGCUCUGAUGGUCUGAGGAGGAUCCUGUGUCAGGUGGGCCUGCAGAAAGGUCCAGAAAGAGAAUACUCCUCGCUGGUUGACAAGCUGAUGCUCAGUGACUCCAAGAUGUGGAAAGAUCUGACACCUGUCCGCCUGCCCACCUGUUCUCCUCCCGACUCAGUGACACUGUUAAAGACAGCAGGGCUGCCUGGACCACUUGUAGACCGUAACCUUGCAUUUCGCAAAUAUAACUACAGACGGCUCCAGACAGAUUUUAUGGAGGACGACCACGAGCGAGUGGUGUCAGUGACCUCCCUGUCUGUUCAGCUCUUCACCGUCCCGACCAUGAGUUAUGAACGCUUGCAGAGUGACUACGUGACUGACGACCACGACCGUGAGUUCUCCAUCACUGACCUGUCAGUACAAAUAUUCACCGUCCCGUCGCUGGUGAGUUCAGUCUGUCUGUGCUGGAGGUACGUCCUCAUCAGUCGUCCCUCUGAGUGGAGCCAACAGCUCCGAAUCAAGUUUCUAGAAGGUCUGGACGCUUUUCUGGAGCUGCUCAAGUGUAUGCAGGGUAUGGACCCGGUGGUGAGACAGGUGGGACAGCAUAUAGAGAUGGAGCCUGAGUGGGAGGCAGCGUUCACUCUGCAGAUGAAACUGACUCACAUCAUCUCCAUGAUCCAGGAGUGGUGCUCCACGGACGAGCACGUGCUUAUCGAGGCCUAUAAGAAGUGUCUGAGCGCGCUCAGUCACUGUCACAGCGGCCUCCCAGACGGUGAGCAGCCAAUCAGCUUGAACCUGGCGGGUCACAGCGUGGAGACGUUCAGGUACCAGGUGUCUCAGGACAAAGUGUCCAUUCACCUGCCGCUCUGCAGACUGCUGGCAGGUCUCCAUGUUCUCCUCAGCAGGACUGAAGUGGCGUCUCGUUUCCCCGAGCAGCUUCCUCUGGGUGAGCUCAGCCCCCCCCUCCUCAUCGAGCUCCCCCUCCGCUGCCUGGUGCUCUGUGCCCAGGUGCAUGCUGGGAUGUGGAGGAGGAACGGCUUCUCUCUAAUCAACCAGAUUUAUUAUUAUCACAAUGUGAAGUGCAGAGUGGAGAUGUUUGAUAAGGACAUCAUCAUGCUGCAGGCGGGGGCGUCCAUGAUGGAUCCAAACCACUUCCUGAUGAUUGUCCUUAGUCGGUUUGAACUGUUUCACAUCUUCAGCUCCGCAGACUGUCGCAAGAGGUUCAGAGAGGCCAACAAGGAUGUGGUCCAGCAGAACAACACUCUGAUCGAGGAGAUGCUUCAUCUCAUCAUCAUGGUCAUCGGUGAGCGGUAUGUGUCAGGUGUGGGACAGGUGGAGCCGUUUGAUGAGGUCAGAAGAGAAAUCAUCCACCAGCUGUCCAUCAGACCCAUGGCUCACAGUGAGCUGGUUAAAGCUCUGCCAGAGAAUGGUAAUAAGGAGACAGGUCUGGAGAGAGUCAUUGACACUGUGGCUUCAUUCAAGAAACCAGGUGUAACAGGUAGAGGUCUGUACGAGCUGCGUCCUGAGUGGAACAAACACUUUAACCUGUACUUUCAUCACUACAGCAGAGCUGACCAGUCCAAGGCUGAGGAGGCUCAGAGGAAGCUGAGGAGACAGAACGGAGAGGACACAGCCCUCCCCCCCCCCUCCCCCCCCCCUCUCUGUCCUCUGUUCGGCAGCCUGGUAAACUUGCUGCAGUGUGAUGUCCUGUUGGCUGUAGAGGGCGCUGUGCUGCAGUGGGCUGUGGAGCCCAGCGGGGGGGGCUGGACCGAGUCCAUGCUGCAGAGGUGGCGCCAUCAAGGGGGGGCCACGGCCCCAACCCCCAGUCCUCCCAGUUCAGACUCCACCUGUAUCUCACAGGUGUGUGUUGGUCCCAGGAGGGUGGGCAGAGCUGAGCGCCGGCAGCUGGUGACCUGCAUCCUGUGUCAGGAGGAACAGGAGGUCAGAGGUCAUGGCAGAGCCAUGGUGCUGGCAGCAUUCGUCCAGAGGUCCACAGUUCUGUCCAAAAACCGCCGCCGCAACCUCCCUGACCCAGAGCAUCACAACCCACUGUUCAUGCACCCUGACCUGUCUCUGGGGAUCCACACCGCCAGCUGUGGACACAUCAUGCACGCCACCUGUUGGCAGAGGUACUUUGAGGCAGUGCAGCUGAAAGAGCAGAGACGACAGCAGCGUCUGCGAGGUCACACCAGCUACGACGUGGAGAACGGCGAGUUCCUGUGUCCACUGUGCGAGUGUCUGAGCAACACUGUGAUCCCCUUGCUGCCACACACACACUCACCUGACCACAGUGUCGAUCAUCCCAGUUUGGAGGCGUGGCUUAAAACGACCAAUCAGCAGAUAGCAGCACUACACUUUGCCCACAGGAAGCAGUGUGACGGUGUAGCAGAGGGGGCGGAGCCUGCUGUACCUGAAGGAUUCAGAGUCAACUUCUCUCCACAGAACCCGUUCUCCAGCAGCGUCAGUGAGAUGAUCACCACGUUCAGCAUGUCCACGUACAAGGUGGGACUGAAGGUGAACCCCAACGAGCAGGACGCCAGAGUCCCGGUGCUGAGCUGGUCCACCUGCGCCUACACCAUCCAGAGUAUAGAGCGCCUCCUGAUGGACGAGGAGAAGCCAUUGUUUGGAAGUUUACCUUGCAGACAGGACGACUGUCUGAGCUCACUGACCAGGUUCAGUUCUUCCUGUUGGACUGCUGCUCCACUGACAACUGUUCAUACACACUUCAUCAGGCUGCUCGCAGCCCUGGUUCCAGACUCUCAGGUAGAAGACACCGUCUGUAUCCUCGACAUCGACAUGUUUCACCUGCUGGUUUACAGUGUGUUGUCGUACAACUCAGUUAACAGUCUGGACCAAUCAGGACAGAGAGUGGUAGACUCCGCCCACCUCCACCUGCUUCACCUUGUGACUGUGGCUCACCUGGUUCAGAUCCUGCUCACCUCCACCACAGAGGAGGUCUGUAUGGAUCAGGACAGUGGGGGAUCAGAGGAGGAGCUCACCUGUCAUCUGUAUGACACACUGAGGACACACCUGGGCAGUGUAUUACCUGAGGUGACAUCAGGCUGGCAGCUGGUUCGUUGUGUUAAAUCUGGCGUCCUGCCGUUCCUCCGAGCCGCCGCCCUCUUCUUCCACUACUUGAACUCUACAGCGCCCCCUGCUGACCUGCUGGUUACAGGUCCUGGUCAGUGGGAGGCGCUGCUCAGCUACCUCAGUCUGCCCUCCAACCUGCUGCAACUUUACCACAGUCAACACACACUGCUGGAGCCGCUCAUACACAGGUGGUGCUGUCAUCCAGGUGUGAGACAGACGCUGCAGGGAGGCGGAGUCAUCGUCAGGUUCCCCAGAGAGUCCAACCGACUGAUCGACCUGCCAGAGGACUACAGCAUCCUGAUAAACCAGGCGUCCAGCUUCACGUGUCCCCGGUCAGGUGGAGAUAAGUCUCAGGCCCCCACCCUGUGUCUGGUGUGCGGCUCCAUGUUGUGUUCUCAGAGUUACUGCUGUCAGACGGAGGUGGAGGGCGAGGACGUCGGAGCCUGCACCGCUCACACCUUCACCUGUGGAGCAGGCCUCGGCCUCUUCCUCAGGGUCAGAGAGAGUCAGGUGUUGUUUGUGGCAGGUAAAACUAAGGGCUGCUUUUAUCCUCCGCCGUACCUGGACGACUACGGAGAGACCGACCAGGGCCUUAAGCGGGGGAACCCCCUCCACCUGUGUCUGGAGCGUUACAGGAAGAUCGAGCGUCUGUGGCGUCAGCACGGUGUCGCUGAGGUCAUCGGUCACGCUCAGGAGGCCAAUCAGACGCUGGUCGCCAUCGACUGGCAGCACCUGUGAUGUUCGAUUGGCUCGCUCCUUUUUUGCCCCGCCCCUUUUUUCAAUAAAGAUCCUUCCUCUCAACCAAUCAGCUUCCUGCAGCCCAGCGCUGAGCUCCAAUCAGCUUUCAGGGAUUUUUUCAGCUCCUGACCUUUGACCUUUGACCUUUGACCCUGUCCAUGUUUCACUCCACCAGUCAGUCAGUUACAUGAUGGGAAAAACUGGGGUGUAUGUCACCAACAACCAGCCAAUCACAGAGCUGCAGCCAAGGCUGAUGGGUAGUGUAGUGUUCAGAGACUCUUUUCUUUGGUCCUCAGUUGGUUUCCAUGGUGAAAGAUGUUUGACAGAUGAUUUUGAUCGCAUCGAUGACAUCACAGUGGGAGUAGUGAUCGGUGUAAAAACAUAUCAGCUGCGUAUCGACGAGGAAGAGACGUCACGUCAUGUUUUAGUUUUGUUGUUUUGUUGUUUUUAUUUACAGGGCUUUGUGGUUGGUGGGUUUGUUCUGGAGGAGCGGUGUGUGAUGUCACUUCCUGUUAGGAUGAGUUGUUUUUUAUGAGUUUGUCCAGAGUCAAGCAGUGAACAGAAACAUCUCCUUCAUUUAUUUAUUUAUUUAUUUAUUAGUUUAUCUGAAUCUGAUUUUCUUUUUUUUUUCUUUCUUUUUUUUUGGGUAUAAACAAACGAACGUGUCGGCAGCAUGUCGCCGCCAUCGUGAUUGCCGCUGUGUUAAUAUGUGAAUUCUUGUAUAAACCGUACAUGUAUGAUAUUGUAUAUGAACAACAAAACCAAUAAAAACUUUAAAAGCA